GUUGUCGUCCGGCUCCGAGCAACAGGGAAUGCGCCGAUCCUGAAGCAGAACUCGUUCAAGAUCACGUCGUCGCAAAAGUUCCAGAUCGUCAUCAACUUUCUUCGGAAAGAACUGGGUUUCAAGCCCUCGGAUUCGGUGUUUCUCUACAUCAACAGCUCGUUCGCGCCUGCACCAGACGAAGUCGUCUCAAACCUGUACAAGUGUUUUGCCGUGGACGGAAGUUUGAUAGUCAACUACUCACUUACCACGGCGUGGGGAUAG